AUGACAUCAUUAAAACAAUCAACAUCAAACUUUGGACAACAAGGUCAACAACAAACAACAAUGUCAUCGUCAACAACAACAACAAAUACGACUAAUACUACUACUACGACACCUAUUAAUCAACCUUUACAAGGAUCACAUUCAUCAUCAUCUUCAUUGUUGUCAUCACCACCAUCACUGUCAUCAAUAUCAACCUCUUUGAAUAACAAUAACAACAAUACAGUAAGACUAUUAUGGAAUUCAUAUGUACAGACGGUUGUCUAUCAAGAGUCAUUGUUUACAUUGGUUGACUUUUUAAAGUUGUUUACUACUACCUACCAAGACACACCCAGACACUUGUUGUCAUUGUCAUUUGGCUCACCUCUUGGAGAUAUUACCAGAAUACUCUCUAAACAUCUAAUACAAGAACUCAACUCUGCAAGUUUAAAUAAUAAUCGUAAUACUACCACCUCUUCACAACAACAACAACAACAACAAAUUAUCAAUAAUGGAAACAAUGGGAAUAUUGGUGGUACAAGUGGAAGUUAUUAUAAUGGUAGUCAAAGUAGACAAUUAUUACAACAAUCAUCUACUAGUAAUAAUAAUAAUAAUAAUAACAUUGGUAAUAAUAAUAAUAGUGGUGGUGUUGGGAAUGGGAUAUUUAACUAUUUGAGUGGAUAUUCAUUGGCAGGGGAAGCACCAUUGUUAUUGUUGGCAUUGGAUAUAUUGACAAGACACAGUUGUGAGGGAGUACCCAUCUCUUUGGUAAAGUUGAUUGCUGUGUUGCUCAACAAGAUCAUAACAUCGACAUCUUCACCCCUCCCAUACAAUACACCACCCAUUGCAACUAUCCCUACCACUAUUAAUAGUAGUAGCACAACAUCAUCAUCAUCGGCAUUGUUACCAACAAUGUCAACCUUUAACCCAUUAAUGGGACAACGAAACCUUUCAUCUAAAAUUAGUGUAAAUAUUCCAUCUUUUCCAACCAUCAAUAGUUAUUUCUUCCUUCCUCCACUCCCACCUUCUAUCUAUAACGAUCAAAGUGUACAAAAACAAUCACCUCUACCACAAACCAAUAAUAAUAAUAAUGUAACAUCGGCAUCUUCACCAACCUUUACCACAGAGGUAGAGAUUACUACUACAUCAUCUUUAAAUCAUGAAAUGGAGAUUAAACCAAUUGGGGGAGAUCAAACAUCAUCAUCAUCUGCAUCAUCAACAUCAUCAACACCACUUACCAAUAGUCUUACAUCAAUUCCAGCAUCGAUUGGAAUGGUUGAUGAUUCUUCCUCAUCCUCCAACAACAACAAUAAUAAUAAUAAUAUUGUACAACAACAAUGGAAAACAACAAAUGAUCUUUCACCAACUGUUAAUAUUUGUUUUCAACUUUUAAAGAUCCUUGGAAACAUUAUCAAAGAUCAACAAAUACUCUAUGAAUUACUCAUUUCCGAUAGUGGAAACUAUCUAGAACUAUUGACCGAUAUCCUAACUCAUCAAUCAACUGAUCCAACAUUUUCAAUCAUUCAAAUUCAAAUCGUUAGAAUAUUUGCUCAAAUAAUGUCAACUUGUUGUAUAUCAUCAGAUUCUAUGAGUUUUAUUCAUGACAAGAAAAUAAUUGAAAAAUUAUUAAAUGUAUUAAAUAUAAUUGGUGAAAGAGGAGAUAAAAAGAAUAUAUCAAUUUCAAUUUUAAUUGAAUUGUCUCAAGUUAUAAUCUAUACGAUCAAAUCAUCAUCUAGAUUAAUGGUAUCUCUACAUGAUGAUUUUGAUACCAACAAUGGAUACAGUAUUCUUUUAAAUACUUUUGUACACAUUGCAGAUAAUGGAACACUAAAAAACAAAUUGGAUAUUAUCAAUGUUGCUUGUAAUUUAUUAUUUAUAUCUCUAAGAAAGGAGUUUUUAAUUGAUUCUGAUUCAAUUUAUCAACCAAAUAAUAUAGCAAAAACAAGUUUAAAAAUAUUUAAUAUAUUUUUAAAUGUAUUUACAAUAACAAAGAGUGAAGAGACAAAGACAGAAUUAUUAAAAUGUAUGAAAGGAAUAUUUUAUCUUAGUUUAUUUAAUGAUUCCUAUAGUGAUGUUGAUACGGCCACCGAUGACAAUAUCGGUGUAUUCCAUCAGCUAGAACCAUUCCAAAUCUUUUUCACUCAGUUUGACAAUCUAAACAUUCACAAUCGUAAACUCAUUUUGGAAAUGAUGGACGAGCUUUUAUUAAAGAAUCAAAUCAAACGAUCGGAAAUAUUCAACUAUGUAUCACUGUUUAAUAGUAAACUACCUAGUACCAUUCUAUUAGUCUUUCAACAUUUGACCGAUCUAUUGGCAAAAUCAAAAAUCAACAAGGAGAUUUUAAAAGAAGCAGGUUUCAUCAAGAUCCUCUGCGACUAUUUGUCCAAACAAAACAAACUUGCAUUCUUUCAAGUGUUGAUGGAACGAUCGGAUGAAUUACAACUUUGUAUCCAACUCAUCCCUGGAAAACAUUUCCAACAGUCCAACAACAAACUGUUUGUCCUCUACCGUAUCAUUACAAGCGCACUCAAUCUCUUGCUCGAAUUCUUUUCGUCUUCACCCGAUGUACAAAAUAUCUUUGUCGAAAAACAUGGUGGUCUUAGAUUACUCUAUGGUCUCUUGCACGAUGAAUGUCUUAUUCAACCUGCAUUGCAAGUACUAUCGAAUCUUGCCAUUGGCAAAUUACGUAUAGAAUCUAAAAUCAUUAAAGAUUUAAUUGCAAAAUUACAAUCAAGUGGUGGUAUUGCAAGUUUGGAUUCUGAAAUCCUAACACAACGCAAACAUAUAUUGGCGGCAAUGUGUUUUAUAUUUCAUAAUAAUCAUGCUGCCAAAAUGACAUUUAAAGAAGCUGGUGGUUUUACUUGGUGUGUUUCCAUUUUAGAUGGAAUUGGUCGUUGUGUUAAAUCUAGUAAUCAAGAUAUCAAAAUCAAAUCAAAUUCAAACAACAAUGAAAUCUUUUUCUUUUUAAAAGUUUUAAUUGAUACUUUAUCUGCUGUAAUGAAAAAUAAUCCAAUGAAUCAAAUUUAUUUUAAAGAACAUAUACCAACAUUAUCAAAUACAUUAAAGGCAUGUGGAUAUAUGGAAGGACUUUAUUCAGCAUCUUUAUGUGACAGUUUAUUGAAUAUGGCUGUUUCAGGAAGUUGGCCACCAUCAUGUGAACAACAUUCACUUGAAGAAGGAUCACUCCUUUCCAUCUAUUCACCAAUCUCUUCAUUUUUCCCAACCAAUUCGCCUCUAAACAUUUCUCCCAAUGCAACCAUUGAAAAAUUACCAUUCUUGGAACAAGAAUAUUUAGAUAGUCCAAUAAUUGAUAGUAAUAAUAAUAAUAAUAAUAAUUUUGAACCAUUACAAUUAAAUAGUAAUGAUAAUUUAGAUUCUUCUUCAACAAUGAUGUCACCAAAUAGAAAAGGUCGUACGAGAUCAUAUACAAAUGAUUUUUCAAGAUUAUCUUCAAGUACUGCAACAACAACAAUUUUUGCAAAUGGAUCAAAUCAUCAUUCUGGAGCAACUAUUGAUCAUAGCAGAAUGAUUAAUCAUAACAAUCUAACUCAAUCAUCAUUGGAUUUGGCAGCUGAAUCUAGAGGUUCGAAUACUAUUCAAGUCAUGUCUUCGUUUUCAAGGCUGCCAGAGAAAUCAUCGUUACAUCUUGCUCAAGAUCGUUAUCAAUCAUGUCAAUCGUGUCGUGAAUCGCUGAUGAUUGAAAACCCAGAGAUAUUUAGACUUAUCAUUCGUUUGAUGGGUGGUAGUGAAGAGGAUAUACUAAAGAUUGAAACAAAAUCAUCUUGUUACAUCUUGCGUGAAAUCAUAUUCCUUGCUUCCCUCUCUCUUACAAAUCAAAAGAAAUUAUCAUCUUUUCUUAUUGAUAUUGUAGAUUAUCUUAGACCACUUUUAAUUUCAAAUAAUACUUUAAAAAAGAAAUCUGAUUUAUUAAAACCAUUAAUAUUAGAAUUAAUUCAAUCAUUGGGAUCACAUUCAUUAUCAUUGGCAGAAUUUAGAAAAUAUUUUGAAUUGUUAAGGGUUCGAGAUUAUCCUUUGGAUUUAUUAAAUCUUUUAGGAAAAAUAUCCAAUCGAGAUAAUAUACCAACCUAUUAUGCAGAAUUUUCAAAUAGUGCAUUGGAAUGUAUAGAUUUCCCAUCUUGGGGUGAAAAAUCAUGGCCACCACUCAAAGGUUAUGGUAUUUCUUUAUGGUUUAGAUACACUCAACCUACUUUAAAAAUUAAUAAAUCAUCAAUAUUUUUAUUAUCAAUUGAAGGAAUAAUAAUUGGAUCAAAAGAUAAAAGUUGUGAAAGUCAAUUACAAUUGGACAAGGGAGUAUUGACGUAUAGAAUCAUUCACAAUGGUACAGUGGUAGAACAAUUUAGUUUUUCAGAGUUUACCUUUGAACCCGAUCAAUUCUAUCAUCUAUGUCUAACACAUACUGGCAGUCAAAUCGGUCAAAAGAAGAGUCCCAUCAAAUUAUUUGUCAAUGGAUGUUGUAGAAGUCAAUAUGUAUUGUCGUAUCCAAAGACUCAACAAAUGACCCUAUGUGUUAGAUUUGGUGGUCCAAAUGCUGCAUCCUAUUUCCAAGACUAUAGUAUGGUUAAAACAAAUUGGCAUCUUGGUAAUGCUUACUUUUUCGAAGAUUUACCAAGCGAAAAAGAAAUCUUUUAUCUCUAUCUAUUGGGUCCUGAUCAUUUUAGAGGUUUAAAAGUUGAUAUUUCUUCAAUUGAAAAUAUUAGACCCUACAUGGAUAAAACUACUAAAUUACAUCCAUUAUUAAUUGAACAUUUAUUAAAUCCAACAAUGAUUCAUUUAUUUAGUUUACAUGAUAAGAUUGUAUCAAUCUUUUCAGCCAAAUGUUUAUAUGUAACCAAAUCACAUAGAAUUAUGAACAAGUCAGAGGCCAUUACACAUGUCAGUGCACAACCACAACAAGCAUUGAAUGAUUCAUCGACAUCUUCAUCUAUUCGUCGUAGUUCAAGUAUGAGUGAAAAGAGUUUUACAGAAAGUCUAUCAGAACGAUCAAGUAUAUAUAGUAGUAAUGGUGGUGGUAGUAUUGAUAGUAAUAGUAGAAAUUCAAUUAGUAGACGUGAUAGUAAAAGUUUACUUACCGAUAGAGAUUCUAUUACACAAUCUAUUGGUUCUGCUAUAACUCAUCAACAUCAUCAACAUCAUCAACAACAACAACAAAGAUUGUCAAGUAGUUCAUUUAUACAACAAUCUUCUCUACUUCCACCACUUCCACCUAGUUCUACUCCAACUCCUCAACAAUCAAUUGUAAAUAAUACAUUAUCGAUUUUACAAACUGGAUUACCACUACCAUUACCAUAUGGUGUGAUAUCACAACGUAGUUUGGGUGAUUUGGUAUCAGAUUCUGGUGGUGUAUCGGUGAUUAUUUACUUGAUUGCUGUUUCAAGUGACAAAGAGUACCAAAAAUCAGCACUACGUCUACUCCAAUCAAUUGUUCAAAACAAUCAACAGAAUAUCAAAGACAUGAAAGAUAUUUAUGGAUAUCAAUUGGUUUCCCAUAUUAUUAGAAAGAAUAAUUGGACAUUGGAUGAUGGACUCUUGUCUAUUCUAUUUAGUUUUGUUGGUGUUCAAUCUACUCGUACAUCUUCUCACUAUUACGACGGUGUCGUACAAGAUGUCUUGGCAUUGAAACACUUUUUGUUGGAAUGGGAUAUUUGGAGACAUGCCAAUCUUGUUGACCAGAAAAAGCUUUUUGAAAGUUUAGAGAAACUAGUCAACCCAUUACACGACAAUCAUGAUUUUAAUAUCAUAAAGUUCCGUCAAGCAGGUGCUUUUGAAACGAUUCUAAAGAUUUGUAAAGAAGAAGAUCUACCAUUAGAGGUGGUCUCUAUUCUAAUGUCAAUUCUUAGAUCCAUCAAACAUAAAUCUGCUCGUAUCAAAGAAGAUUUCCAACUCAUCAUGACUUAUCUAUUUGAAACUUCUCCAAAAGGAAAACCAACUAGUAAUAGUAAUAGUAGUAAUAGUACACAUCGUAGAAAGAAAUCAACUUCAAAUUAUCUUAUUCAAGCUGUUCAUAAUAAUAAUAGCAGUAAUAGUAAUAGUACAACUGAACAAUCUUAUUCUUCUUCUACUUCUUCAUCAUCUGGAUCAUCAACUCCACAUGAAGAAAAUGUAAGAGUUUCAGUUUUAACAUUACUUUUGGAUAUACUUUCAAAAUCAGAGAUUACAGUUGUAGAAGAAUUCCAUUCAUUGUGUAGUUUGGAAUCGAUUUUUGGUUUAAUUGUCAAUGAAACCAUUGCCACUCGUAUUCUUUUCAUCAAGAUUAUCGAUCUCUAUCUUCACAUUCCUUCUAUAUUGGCUCUAUUUCAAAAGAUGAAGGGAUUCCAUUUACUCGGUCACCAACUCCAUUCCAAUCAUCUCACUGAAGAUAUAUUUGGUAUCCUCUUUUGUAUUCUUUUUGGCAAGCCAUACAACUCGGAUAUUGAUCCAACCCUAUCAGUAUCAAUGAACAUGUACCUACUUGGUCAAAUUUCAUCCGAUAUUGAACUAAAGUAUCCUGGAGUGAUUGCCACCAUCCUCAUCAUUCUCCAAGGUUGUUCAAGCAAGGCUCAACAUAUUGUCAUUAAAAUGAUUCACAAUAUCUUUUUACAAAAUGAUCAAUUCAAGCAAACCCUAUUGGAUCAAGAUUUAAUCCCUCGUUUGGUUGAUAUUCUUUCAUCCAAUUUCACUAAACGUUCAGCUGCAAAAUAUGAUCAAUUUAAUCGUAACAUUUUAAAAGAUAUUGAAAAUAUUAGUAGUAGCAGUAGUAAUAAUUCUACUUCUAAUUCAUUUGAUAAAGAAGAUAGUUGGCAAGCUGAAGAAUCAAUUCUUUCCAUUUUAAAAGAAAUUGCUCUUUAUGGUUCAAAAACUCAAGAACCUACUACUUUAUUAAGAGAUAUUCUUGUUAUAUUACAUUUAAAUAGUAAAAUGGAUUUUGAAUAUAUUUGUUGUUUACAAAGAAGAAUAUUGUAUGAUGUGAUUUCAUUUUUUAAUGAAAAUGAUUUUGGAUUGGUUGGUGCAUUGGUAUCAUCAUUUGAAAAGAUUUGUAUCUUGUCAAUUAAUACAUUGUGUUAUCAGGAAAAGACUAUAUUAAUGACAAAGAGAGGUAUUGGAAGUGCAUUUAAGCUAUCAUCUAGUUCUACAUCUUCCAAUGCAAUUUCAAAUUAUCUAUCACCUCUUAGAUCAUCCAAUCAUGGUGGUGAUUCAACUCCAACUACACCAAACCUUUCAUCUCAUCAUCAUCAUCCUCGUAUACCAACAUCACCAGAAACAUCAGACAUUUCAAAUAAUGAACAAACCAUUACAAGUAAUGAUGAAUCUACAGAGGAAUCUGAUUCUUCUUCCUAUGACGGCGGUGGAUCCAAUUAUCGUCAAAAGAAAUCAAUCAUUCCAAUUUGGAUUAAAGAAGGUCAUUUAUUUAAUCCAGAAUCUUUCAUUACAUUAUUGAUAAAUGUUUUAUCAAAUCAUAAAAUUCCAACUUCUCAAAAUUCAACUUAUAAAUCUUUAUUUACAACACAAUAUUCAGCAAAAUCAUUAUUAGGAAAAUUAAUUCAUUUAUUAUUAACAUCAAAUGAAUUUAAUGAUUAUCAAAGUUUGGUAUUGUCAUUAUUGGUUGGAGGAGGAGAUACAUUGGUACCAAUCAAUGAAAUGUUGAGUGAAGAAGAUUUGAUAGUGUUGCUAUAUGUUACCUAUCGAUUUGUAAACAAUGAUAUUUGUGAUCAAUACAAGUUGACCAUUAAACUAUGGAAUUUGGUAUACAAGGGAGCAACACAAGAAUUCCUUAAAAAGGCAUUUGAUUUUUCGAAUUGGUCAACAACUGAUGUCAAGGAAGUUGUAAACAAGUUCCAAUUUGCCUAUGCAGAAGGUGAAUUUAAGAAAUGGGAGGAACGUAACAAUCAACAAAAGAGAGAAUGGAAAUUACAAUACCUCGAAACACAAAAGAACAAACAAAGCAUCAUUAUAAAGAAUCAAGACACGUCCAAAAUGACUAAAAACUUUUCAAAUUCACUUUUAACGUUAAAGACUAAAUACCAACACUCUAGUCUUCAGACACAAUCAGAAAGUAGUGACACUAAACGAUUCCUUACAGAUCAAUGGAAACUUUUAAUCAAACGUGUCACUCAUGAACGUGCCAUUUGGGAAUUACCCCCCGACACUAACAAAUGGAAAUUGGAUCCAACAGAAGGUACCAAUCGUAUGAGAACUAGAUUAAAACGUAUCACUUUAAAAUCAAAAUUAAAUAUUUCAAUCCCAGAAUUGAAUGAUAAUAAUAAUAAUAGUAAUUGUAAUAAUAGUAGUAAUAAUAAUACAUUGUUAGAGAUUAAUAAUGAACAAGAAGAAGAAUCAAUAUCAAAUUUAACAAAUGAUCAAUUACAACAAUCAACAACAACAUCAUUACAUGAUUCAUAUUCAUCAUUUGAUCAAUUAAAAAUUGGUGAAAGAUUGGAAGAGACCUAUUCAUGUAGUUCUAUAUCACCAUUUUAUCAAAGAGAUGGUGAAUUGUUGAUUGGAGAAUUAAAUAUUUACUUUAGAGAUGAACUAUUGACAAUUGAUAGUAAUAGUGGUAAUAAUAAUGGAAAAAAGAGUAAAAAAGUGGUAGCAGGUGGUGGAAGUAAUCAUGGUAAACAUAUAACAAUGUCUUAUGAAGAUGUAAUUGAAAUUCAUAAACGUCGUCAUGUGUUGAAAAACAAUGCCAUUGAAAUCUUUUUGGGUAGUGGUGUACCUCACAAGACCUACUUGUUUGCAUUCCCAAAACCAAGUGAUCGUGACAUUGUCUACGAUCUCAUCAUGUCCAAACCAUUACCUAAUCGUGUGGAUUAUGCCGCCGAGGCACAAGGAAACAUUCUCAAAAUGUCCAUCACCAAGAAAUGGCAACGUGGUCUCAUUAGCAAUUUUGAGUAUCUUAUGCAUCUAAACACACUUGCCGGACGUUCAUUCAACGAUCUCACACAAUACCCCAUCUUUCCAUUUAUCUUGCGAGACUAUGAAUCCAAUGAAUUGGAUUUGGAGAAACCUGAAACCUUUAGAGACCUCUCCAAACCCAUGGGUGCUCAAGACCCAGCCCGUCUCAAAAAGUUUCAAGAAAAGUACAACUAUUUACAGGAAAAUAAUGAAACACCCUAUCACUAUGGUUCUCAUUAUAGUAAUAUUGGUUCAGUACUUCAUUUCCUUGUACGUGUUCAACCAUUUGCUUCCUACUUUAUCGAAUUUCAAGGUGGUAGAUUUGAUGUUCCAGAUCGUGCUUUUCAUAGUAUCACACAGACUUGGAAGUUGUCAUCAUCCAUUUCCUCUUCAGAUGUAAAAGAAUUGAUACCAGAGUUUUUCUAUUUACCAGAUUUCCUAGCCAACAAUAACAACUUUAAUAUGGGAUGUAAACAAGAUGGUAUACGUGUAGACAAUGUAGUAUUACCACCAUGGGCCAACAAUGACCCUAAACUGUUUAUCAAAAAACAUCUAGAAGCAUUGGAAUCAAAAUAUGUUUCUGAAAAUCUUCACAAUUGGAUCGAUUUGAUGUUUGGUUACAAACAACAUGGAGAAGCUGCAGUCAAGGCUUGUAAUGUAUUCCAUCCUCUAACCUAUGAAGGUGCAGUAGAUAUUGAUUCCAUAGAAGAUCAACUAUUACGUGAUGCCACCAUUGCCCAAAUCCACAGCUACGGUCAAACUCCCAAACAAAUCUUUACCAAAGCUCAUCCUCAACGAAAUUGGAAGAAAACAACCAAACUCUCUCAAGAUGCCAUUUAUACUCAUCCAGAAAAAUUAACAAAUUAUACAAUGUGGUCGAUUCGUAAUCCUGUUGGUUCAAUUGGUUUAGCUGAUACCCCUAUUCCUUUACCUCCUCAAAGAAUAUUACUUUAUCCAGAUACAAAUAAAUAUGUAUCAUGGGGACAUUGGGAUCAAAACCUUAGAAUUACAUUGAUUGAUACAGGUAAGGUUUUAUCAUUGGUAGAAGUAAAUAAUGAUGAUAUUAUAUGUUGUGAUAUUACAAAGAAUGGUAGAUUAUUUGUUACUGGAGGUACUAGUGGAACCAUCAAGGUAUGGAAACGUUGUAAUAGUGAUGGAACUGUGAUGACUAGAAAGGAACGUGGAGAUAAUCUUAGUUUGUGGUCACAACUCUAUGGACACACUCAUUCAAUCCUUUGUAUUACCGUUUCACAAGAGUUUAGUACCAUUAUUAGUGGUAGCAAAGAUCAUACUUGUAUCAUUUGGGAUCUUAACCGUCUAACCUAUGUUCGUUCCUUGCAACACGAAUACCCAGUCACUUGUGUUCAAGUUUCUCCUACCACCAACUAUAUUGUCACUGUUGCCACCAAUGUAACUGGUGAAAAUGGUAUUCUCCGUCUCUGGAAUCCAAAUGGAGAGUUGUUGGCAAGUAGAAAGAUUCAAAAUGACAAGAUCAACUGUAUGACCUUUUCAACGGCAUUUGAAGGUGUCGUUCAAAACUUUAUCGUCACUGGUAUGGAAUCGGGUGCCCUCAUCCUUUGGGACUCUACUACGUUGACCAAAAUUAGAACUCUUCAAUCUUCUACCAACAACAAAGCACCCAUCACUGCCAUCUCUGUAUCAAAAGAUCAUACUCAACUCAUCUCUGGUGAUGCAAAUGGUCUAUUGGAAUGUUGGUCAACUAAAUUAUUUGAUGGUUAUUCUGCUGUUAUGAAUUAA